AUGGUCCAACUUGAUAGUGAUGAUGUUGCCAAACCAUUUGAUGUCGUGUCCACCAGUUUGUGUCUGGAGACAUGUGUGUCGUCUGAGGUGCACUACAAGAAUGUCGUCGCAGAACUUUGCAAAUUACUCUUUAUGAACGGCGUGCUAGAGGGAACGUUUUAUUUUGUCGGCGAAGAAAAGUUUUAUAACUUUCCCAUAACUGAGAAAAUGGUGAAAGGAGCAAUGAUCGAAGCAGGAAUCGAAAUUGAGAAAUAUGUAACAAUUCCAAUGGUUCCAGUACAUUACACAGAAGUGACCGACUCUAAAGCUUUAUUUUAUACUUAUGGCAGAAAAUCUGCAGAAAA